CAUACUGACACUGUAGGUGGUGGGUUGUACUUUUUUCUGAAUGUGGGAGGAUUCAGGAUCUCAGCCAAGAUGUGACAGCAGCGGAGGAAGGUCGAGCACCAAAUUGCUAAAGAGAAGGAGAAAGGAGCGGCUGAAAUGGCGGAACAGUUUUCAGACCUGGAGAAGGCCAUCAACACUCUGGUCACAAACUUCCAUUCUGCUUCGGCUGAUAAAGCCCCCACGCUCAAGACGGAUGAAUUUAAGAGUCUUCUCUCCUCACAGCUGCCCAACCUGGUGAAGACUGGAGGAACUGACGCAGGGUUCGGGGAGGUGCUGAAGCAGAUGGGGGUGAAGGAUGGAGAGGGAAUAUCCUUCAAACACUUCUGGAACCUGAUCCAGAGCUUGGCCUCGUCCCAGUUCGGCCUCAUGAGCCACGAGAAAGUGUCCAAAUGCACCUGCCUUCUACUGUGAGCCGUCGCUCUUCAGUCAAGAUGGAGCGAUGAUUUUCAUGGUUUCUAGCCAACAAAUCUCUCUCUCUCUCUCUCUCUCUCUCUCCUCUUGUUCUUUCUCAGAUCACUAAUUGAACGAUUUUCCAUUAAAAGAUCCACUACAAGUCAUUUCAUUUCCUCUGACCAAAACUAGAUCGUCUAAAGGGACCACAAACGUUAAACUGUACUUUAAUUCAUGAUCAACUGGAGUUUUGUAAAAAAUAAAAAUAAAAAUAAAUAAGUAAAUAAAUAAAUGUUUUGUUUUCCAGAAUGUUUGUAACUGAAAUUGAUACCGAGAGCUUUUCUACAUGUAGCACUAACAAUGUAUCAUGUUGUGAUUAAUGUGUGUUUGUGUAACAGUGCUGUUCUACUUCCUGUUUUUACAAUACACUAAAGGUUUGUUACACCUGCUCAGAGAA